AUGGCAAAUAAGAUCAACAAUGUAGCAAUAUCAAUUCUUGGAAAGCUAAAAGGUUUUAUUGUUAUCUACACUAAAUGUGGAAGGCGAGCCAUGCCAGUCAUGAUGAUGGGAUCUGCUGCAGUUUUUGUAGAUUGUGAUGAGGCUUGGAAGUUGCUUCUUGUCACAAAAAGAGGUUUGCUGUAUGUUUGGGAUCUUUUUAACAGGACUUGCAUUUUGCACGAGUCUUUAGCUUCUCUAGUUACAGCAAGGGAGGAGUCUUCAACAAAAGAUGCCGGUACCAUACGAGUUAUUUCUGCAAGAUUCUCCAGAUCAGGGUCACCUCUGGUUGUUCUUGCCACCCGUCAUGCCUUUCUGUUUGACAUGAGCAUGCUGUGCUGGCUAAGGAUAGCUGAUGAUUGCUUUCCAGCUUCAAAUUUUGCAAGUACCUUUAACUUGAGUUCUAUUCAAAGCGGUGAACUGGGGAAGUUGCAGGUUGAUGUUGGCAAAUUCUUGGCAAGAAAGCCAAGCUGGACAAGGGUGACAGAUGAUGGGACACAGACACGAGCACAUUUGGAGACACAGCUUGCUUCAUCUCUUGCUCUCAAGUCCCCUAAUGAAUAUCGCCAAUGCCUUUUAUCUUACGUUAGAUUUCUUGCAAGAGAAGCAGAUGAGUCUCGUCUUCGAGAAGUUUGUGAAAGUUUUCUUGGUCCUCCCACAGGAAUGGCAGAGUCUACGCCUACAGACCCAAAGAAUCCAGCAUGGGAUCCUUAUGUGCUAGGAAUGAAAAAGCACAAACUCCUCAGGGAAGAUAUUCUUCCGGCUAUUGCUUCAAACAGGAAGGUCCAAAGGCUGCUAAAUGAGUUCAUGGACCUACUCACUGAAUAUGAAACUAGUGAAGCUCAUACAGAUACUAUGGAUAUUGCUCCACAAACGUAAUGAUGCCAACCCAUGAUGAAGUUAGUCUUUGUAAUUUUGUAAGCAUCACCUCGCUUGACACCUGAGAAUUAUCAAUGUAACAUCGAUCUGCUGUCGAACUAUAGUCUAACCAUAUUGUCUACAGAAUAGUUGUGCUGAUAAUGUCAUCAAAAUGCUUGUAUUGUUUCCCUUCA